CGGAGCCGCCCCCUCUGCUGGGGCCCCAGGGCGGGAGGGAGCAGAGGCCGGGGCAGAGGGCGAGGGCGGAGGGCGCAGGCGGCGGAGGCCGCAGAAGAUGAGCAGCAGCUGCUCAGGGUUGAGCAGGGUCCUGCUUGCCUUGGCUGUAGCCCUAGUGUCUGCCGCCUCCCCCUGUCCCGAGGCCUGGGGCCCCCCAGGGGUCCAGUAUGGGCAGGCUGGCAGGCCCAUGACACUGUGUUGCCCUGGAGUGACUGCUGGGGCCCCGGUGUCCUGGUUUCGGGACGGGGAGACGAGACUGCUCCAGGGACCUGACUCUGGGCUAGGGCAUGAACUGGUCUUGGCCCGGGCAGACAGCACCGACGAAGGCACCUACAUCUGCCGGACCCUGGAUGGUGCACUUGGGGGAAUUGUGACCCUACAGCUGGGCUACCCCCCAGCCCGCCCUGUUGUCUCCUGCCAAGCAGCUGACUAUGAGAACUUCUCUUGCACUUGGAGUCCCAGUCAGGUCAGCGGUUUACCCACCCGCUACCUCACCUCCUACAGGAAGAAGACCGUACCAGGAGCUGAUGGCGUGAGGAUGAAUCCAUCCACAGGGCCCUGGCCGUGCCCACAGGAUCCUCCAGGGGCUGCCCGCUGUGUAGUCCAUGGGGCAGAGUUCUGGAGCCAGUACCGAAUAAAUGUGACUGAGGUGAACCCGCUGGGGGCCAGCACACGCCUGCUGGAUGUGAGCUUGCAGAGCAUCUUGCGCCCUGACCCACCCCAGGGGCUUCGGGUAGAGUCAGUUCCUGGCUACCCCCGCCGCCUGCAUGCCAGCUGGACAUACCCUGCCUCUUGGCCCCGCCAGCCCCACUUUCUGCUCAAGUUCCGACUGCAGUACCGUCCAGCACAGCAUCCGGCCUGGUCCACGGUGGAGCCAGCUGGAUUGGAGGAGGUGAUCACGGACGCCGUGGCUGGGCUGCCCCACGCUGUACGAGUCAGUGCCCGGGACUUUCUGGACGCUGGCACAUGGAGUGCUUGGAGUCCUGAGGCUUGGGGAACUCCGAGCACCGGGCCUUUGCUGAAGGAGAUGCCAGCUGAGGGACAGCUACAGAAGCCCCUGGAGAAAGAGCCUCAGGCAGACAGCCCCGCUCCCCCCAGGCCCUCCCUCCUGCCAGACCCACGGCCACUUGACCACAGAGACCCCCUGGAGCAGGUAGCAGUGUUGGCAUCUUUGGGAAUCUUCUCUUUCCUGGGACUGGCAGCUGGGGCCCUGGCACUGGGGCUCUGGCUGAGACUGAGACCAGAUGGGAAGGAUGGACCCCAAAAGCCUGGGUUCUUGGCUCCAGUGAUUCCAGUAGACAAGAUUCCAGGGCUGCCAUUUGGCUUGGCUUCUAAGCCCUGGACAGAGAAGCUGGAGAGAGGGGUAGUGCCUGAUAUGAAGACUGAUGGUACAGUGACUGACUUGCCUGUCUUAUCAGGAAAAAUUGAUGGGUAUGGAUCCUUAAAGCAAGCUCUGCUGGCUGAGGAUGAGUCUUGGUUAGGACAGUCACAUCCACAGUGAGGAGCUGGGUGCUACUGGGGUACCUUUGGGAUGCUGAGGUGAGGGCUGCUUUACCCAGGGAGAUGAGACAGGGCGGAAGGAUGGGGUGGAUAAGGCAAAAAGAUAAGAGAAGAUAAAGUUCUUUGGUGCCAGGUUGCUGCUGUCAAACAAGAAAAAGACCCAAGAAAUCUUACCUUCCUAUUUUUGCCUGGUCCUGUCCCAGAAAUAGCAGCCUCUUGCCAGCAGGGGCCUGGGGGUUCCAGACUCAGUCCUGGCUUAUUGAGACAUCAGACUCAAGAGCUCAAUUACUUCUCUUUUGUUCUAUUCAAAUUCCAGCCUCUCCCUGCUGCCCACCCAGAUCCAGUAAUACACAUCCCCCCCAACCCUUAUACAUUUUGCAUCCCAUCAUCUUGCUAAAACCCUCCCUAACUUCUCCUCUCCUUCCUGUCUCUUGUCUCCUAAUUGCAUUUCCAGCCCCCACUCCCUUCUUCCCCUUACCCCCUAAAGCAAAAAAGUCUUCCUCCUCCUCUUGUCCUUUCCAGAAAGCCAGGGAUUGCCUGUGGUGGGGACAAGCUGCUAAGUUUAGUGCCUCUGGCACCUUGAAUUUCCCACUCCUGGUCUGGGGAUUUCAAUCCUCAACUCCUGCUUUCUUUUU